UGCUUGAUUUUAGGGAUUUUAGGGAUUUUAGGUCACCGGUGUCAUGUAGAGUUGAUCAACGUUUUGACUCAGAAACCCUCACAUGUGUAAAUCUGACUUGUCCUAAGGGUUUUAUACUGGACGAGCAACAAUCUUGCAUCAGAGCCGAUCCCCUUCAUACCACUGACAAAGAUUGUCGUGGUGCUACUAAUCUCCCAACUAAUAUCAGCAUUGAAUGCAUUGACUGGCUUUCCAAACUGAAUGAUCAAUGUCUUCCGUCUUUUUUACUUGCAGAUGAACUGCAUUCUGCUUUAGAUGAGAUUUUUAAUUUGACCCAGGAAUUGACCGUAGAUCGGAUACAAGUGAUGACUCCAUAUUAUGUCGAUGGUAAUGAAACAAAAUGUACUCGAGGAGUCAAUAUCUCAGGAUAUCUGGAAGCCCCGAAGGCACAAGGACAGACCAAUACAUAUUCGAAGCAACUCAGUGACCUUUGGAUUUAUGUGAAGAUGUCUACUCUUCUUGGUUUCACAUGGAUCUUUGGUUUCGUCGCUGCCUUCGCUGACGUCACAGCUCUUUGGUAUAUCUUCAUCAUCCUCAACUCUCUCCAGGGAGUCUACAUCUUCAUAGCAUUCAUCUGCAACAAGCGUGUCUUCAAGCUCUGGCGUGACUCAUUCUCGUGCUCGUCCUGCGUGACAUGUGGAAAUGUUCCCCAAAUAUCUUCGCAACCGACAACCAAUUCGGGUCCCCGAAAGGAGGCGAGUGGUGCAACCACGUCGACAUUUUUAAAUGUCGCAUUUGUUGAAGACGAAUAAAGGAGAUUCCGAAGCUGGUUGCAUAAAACAUUAUAGGAUAGAAUGAACCUAAAAAAGGAUUAAAUUAAUUCCGUUUGAUCGAAUCCAUAAUUUAGGGUUUCUCAUGCACUUAUCAAGAAGGCAACCCACUGACUAUCAGUCCGGAUACUACUACUGAGAACAACCCAAAGACCAAUUAUCGUGGAUAUGCUACGUCAUUAGCAAUGAUGUAACCGUUAGGGUGAGUGAUAGGGUUAUAUAAAUCAUGCAGAAUCACCUUUCAUUAACCCAUCGUUGGCUCAAUCGGUAAGGUCAGCGUAAAACAAUCUUAGAGUUGUGGGUUCAAGUCUCAGUUUAUUCAGUUUUUUUGCCUUUAUAAAUAGUGAGGCAAAGCAAUAAAAAAAAUCAAAGUCUAAUUGUUUGUGAC